GCGGGGUGCUCUCGGCUGGGCUCCUGGGAGAUGUGAAUGAGAGCGGAACCACGGUUUAGUAGCCGGCGAGGCUGCCCGGAGGCUUUUCGGCCGAACUCCCACCCUAGCGACGCGCGCCUCGUUGCUAGGGGCGGGGGCACGGGCCUUGGAGCGCGGAGGUUGCAGAAGCUCUCGGGCUCGGCUCGGCUCGGCGCCCCCGCCAGCCUCACCUCCCGGCUGGGCAGCCGGCCGAUGGAGAUUAGGAAGUGGCUGCCUGAAGUAUUUUCCAAAGGAUAAACAUUACAAAGCAUUGAAUACUGCAGUUCACCAAGAAGAUCCUAUUGAUUUGGGGGAACACAACUUCCAACUUCCAGCAGCCACAAGGGAUGCUGCCCCUCAGGUGCCAUCUGAAACGAGCUCCUCCUCAGAAGAUUUUGUGUAGGUUCUGUGCCAUGAUGGGGAAACUGCAAAGCAAACUCAAACACAGCACUUAUAAAUACAGCAGGCCCGAUGCAAUUAUAGAAGAGAGAAUUCAAACUACAGCUUUUCAUGAGUAUAGCCCAGCUCACGUGGACACCGUCUCUGUUGUUGCUGCUCUGAACUCAGACCUCUGUGUCUCCGGAGGAAAAGAUAAGACAGUUGUGGCCUAUAACUGGAGAACCGGAAACGUGGUGAGAAGGUUCAGAGGACAUGAACAUGACAUCACCAAGAUAGCCUGUCUUCACAAAUCAAACCAGUUCUUCAGCGCCUCUCGGGACAGGAUGGUCAUGAUGUGGGACCUGCACGGCUCCUCACAACCCAGGCAGCAGUUCUCGGGCCAUGCCAUGGUGGUCACUGGAUUAGCCGUGAGUCCUGACUCAUCCCAGCUGUGCACCGGCUCUCGGGACAACACCCUACUCCUGUGGGACGUGGGGACCGGACAGUGUGUGGAGAGAGCUUCGGUCUCCAGGAACCUGGUCACUCACCUGUGUUGGGUCCCCAGAGAACCAUAUGUACUACAGACUUCUGAAGAUAAAACCAUCAGAUUAUGGGACAGUCGGGGGCUCCAGGUGGCUCAUAUAUUUCCUGCAAAGCAACACAUUCAGACGCACUGCGAGGUCAGUGAGGAUGGACGCAGGUGUCUCUCCUGCAGCAAUGGCUUCGGAGGAGAAGGCUGUGAAGCCACGUUGUGGGACCUAAGACAGACGCGGAACAGAAUAUGUGAGUAUAAGGGGCAUUUCCAGACUGUGGCAUCCUGUGUGUUUCUACCAAGAGCAUUGGCCUUGAUGCCCGUAAUCGCUACCUCAUCACACGACUGCAAGGUGAAGAUUUGGAACCAAGAUACUGGAGCCUGCCUGUUCACCUUGUCUCUGGAUGGAUCAGGACCUCUGACUUCCCUGGCCAUUGGCGACACCAUCUCCUUGUUAUGUGCAAGUUUCCACAGAGGAAUUCACUUGCUCCGAAUGGACCACAGCCCAGGGCUGGAACUGCGGGAAGUGGCAGUAUUCUGAGGCCAAGAGAAGUUUGCUGGACAAAAUCAAGCCAUGGCCUCUCCUUUCUCAGUGUGGCUUUGUCUUUCCAUGUUAUCUUCAGGGGAGGGCAAAGUGGGGUUGGUGUUCUUCGUUUAGGUUCACUGAGAAGGUAUAUCAGUGUUAGAAGUCAAUUUGAAGCCAGUGGUUCAAAAUCAGGUACAGAGUUUGGAGACAUGGAUUAAACAUAAGGUUCUCAAUCUA